CAAGCUUGUCAAGGAUAGGAGAGGUAAGCAGAACCGUGGCACACCUUAUGAUGCUCCAGUUGGAAAGGGAAAAGCAGAAGUGGCUAAUGGCAAGAGAACUAGUGGGGGAGGAGCUCCUGCUAGCGUGAUUUGCUUCAAAUGUGGAGAACCUGGCCACAAGAGUGAUGUAUGUACUGCUGGGGAGAAAAGAUGUUUCCGUUGUGGUAAGACAGGACACGUAACUACUGAUUGUAGACAUAAGGAAGUUAUUUGUUUCAACUGUGGUGAAGAAGGGCAUAUUAGUAGCAAGUGUCAGAAACCAAAAAGGGAACCAGGAAGUGGAAAAGUAUUCGCUUUAGCUGGAACUCAAACAGCUAAUGAGGACAGGAAUACCAGAGUGCUAAGUUAAGAUGGCUGGGAGAAACGAUGCUGCGAUUGCUGCCGCUUUGGAGGCUAUGACUCAGGCUUUGGCAAAUCAGCCAAAUGUUAAUGAGAAUGCUGGAUCCCGCAGUUUGGCGACUUUUCAGAGGGAGAAUCCGCCGGUCUUCAAAGGCAAGCAUGACCCCGACGGCGCAUUGGAGUGGUUGAAGGAGAUUGAGAGAAUCUUCCGUGUGAUGGACUGCACUCAGGCGCAGAAGGUUCGGUAUGGAACUCAUAUGUUGGCAGUCGAAGCUGAUGACUGGUGGCUAGAGACUCGUCAGAGAUUGGAGGUGGCGGGUGAAGAGAUCACUUGGGAUGUGUUCCGCAGAGAGUUUCUGAGGAAGUAUUAUCCUGAAGAUGUUCGGGGAAAGAAAGAGAUUGAGUUCCUUGAGCUGAAACAGGGGAAUAUGUCAGUGACAGAGUAUGCUGCAAAGUUCACUGAGUUGGCUAAGUUCUACCCGUAUUAUGAUGGGGCGGGUGCUGAGUUUUCAAAGUGCAUUAAGUUUGAGAACGGAUUACGCUCUGAGAUCAAGAAAGCUGUUGGGUAUCAGAAGAUUCGUAUCUUUCCUAAUUUGGUUGAUAGUUGCAGGAUUUAUGAAGAAGAUCAUAAUGCACAUUGCAAGCUUGUCAAGGAUAGGAGAGGUAAGCAGAACCGUGGCACACCUUAUGAUGCUCCAGUUGGAAAGGGAAAAGCAGAAGUGGCUAAUGGCAAGAGAACUAGUGGGGGAGGAGCUCCUGCUAGCGUGAUUUGCUUCAAAUGUGGAGAACCUGGCCACAAGAGUGAUGUAUGUACUGCUGGGGAGAAAAGAUGUUUCCGUUGUGGUAAGACAGGACACGUAACUACUGAUUGUAGACAUAAGGAAGUUAUUUGUUUCAACUGUGGUGAAGAAGGGCAUAUUAGUAGCAAGUGUCAGAAACCAAAAAGGGAACCAGGAAGUGGAAAAGUAUUCGCUUUAGCUGGAACUCAAACAGCUAAUGAGGACAGGAAUACCAGAGGUGCGUAUUUCAGUAGUAAUACUUUAAUUACUAUCGUUGAUUAUUGGUGCUGCUAG